GCCAAGUAAGUCGUGGUGGUGGCGGUGGUGCAGCAGCCCAUUGGAUUACCUCACCGCCCUCGGCGCCCAGCAGUGCAAGUGUGUGGUGCUGACGCACAGUGACCUCUUCCCAGGAUGUCGCCGCUCCGUUGCUGCCCCGUGCUGUGCGCGCUGGUUGUGGCCGUCGUCCUGCCAGCCGCCCUCGCCGUGCCCAAGAAGUACGAGUCGGGCGGUUUCCUGCCCAGCCCCGUGAGCUACUACCAACAGUCGGGUGACCAGCUGGCCAUGGAGUCCGCAGACCAGGUUCCCGCCGCCAGCGACGCUUCCCCCGCGACGCCCGCCCCCAAUGCUGCGGGCCCCGCGGGUCGGUCCGCGGACCAGGACGCUGCCGGCACCGAGGGCAAGGAGCCCCGGUUCGGCUUCGUCGGCUACAGCGCCAACGGCGUGCAGGUUCAGGACCCUACCUACGGCACCGCGGCCGGCCCGUACGGCGCGCUGCGCCUGGACCUCGGCGGGGUGCUCCUCGGCGCCCUCAUCGGCCUCGGCGCCUCGCUCGUGCUGCCCAAGCUCCUCCACGGCCUGGCCGCGCACCCCCACGACGGCUACAAGCGAAGUGUCGGGCCGCGCUCUCAUGUUGCAGGCGAGGUGGACGGCGACGGCGUCAUGGCCAGCUUCAGCCACAUCCUGAGCCGCGUGGACACGGCGCUGGCCGAGCAGAACAUCGACUCGACGGCGUGCCUGCAGCGCGCCGUGUGCACCUACGUGCAGUCGUCGGCGACGCGCUCCGCCACGGGGGAGGCUAGCGGGGUGGAGUCCUUGGUCGACACCGCGGCCAAGAACUCUCUGGUCGGCUACAUGCUGGAGGGCUCGAGCUUCAAGCAGGCGGUCGACACCGGCAGGAAGGGCGGCAACUGCUCCAAGGUCUACUACAAGUGCCCUGUGAACAAGGACAGCCUAGCAGCUGGAAUCAAGAGCAUCAUCUCUGCAGCGGCGUAGACCAGGAAGGCUUUUCAAAGUAAUGCAACAUGAGAACAAAUUUGCGAAUCUUUCCCCAAGCAAGAACAGGGAUUUCAGACCUUAUUGGAGUUAAAUAACGAAGGCAGUCUGAGAUUUUAGUUUUGAAAAACUCAGAAUGUUGCGUUUCAAUGGGACCCUUU